AGUGAUGACGUCCAUAAUGUCGAGCAGCUCGGUCGAAGAUCUGGAGGCUGAGCUGAGCGAGAUGGGCUUCUCAAUGUCCUUGUCGGACUUUGAGAAGAGUCUGCAGUCGGAGGAGUCGGCGCAGCAGUUGGAAGCGAUUCGCGGUGAAGGCAUCACGGCUAAAAAUUACAUGUCCAACAUUCGGCUGGCGAGCGAGUUGAAUGAACUGAAGGUUCAUAACGCUCCCAUGGGUCAUCUGCCUACGUCUACGGAACUGCUGGGAACGACCCACGAGAACGAGAUCACGCCACUGCUCCGAAAACUCGGCAUCUGUGGACAGGACGGCGAACUGAGCAGCCGCAAAACAAGAAUGGUACCACAAUACAAGGACGAAAUCAAACUCGACAGAAACAUGCCUCUGAUUUUAAACGGAGACCUAUUCGACAUGUCCACGUAUUACGACUCGGAUUGCUCGGAGGAGGAGGAUGAAAUGGAAGAAGACACCGAUGAUCCGAGCCUCCCGUUAGAGCAACGCUUUUCCACCAUCAAGGAGUUCCAGGAAGUUUCCGCUCAAACUCAACGCAAACAGCAAAACAAUACUGCCGAAGAGAGCUUAUCCUCCUAUCCGGAAUCGUCGGAAGCAUGCACGUCGUCUUCCAACCCGGACAUGUCGUCGCACUCCACCACGGCGGACGAUGCGAGCAGCUCGACGGGAUCUUCGUCCAGUGGCACCACGUACAGUGCCGAGAACCAGUGCUCGAGCGAGUGGCACGCGGAACCUCCGCUGCUGAAGAAGAGCAAGCUGUACACGCCACGCGAGCUGUACGACAUCAAGAAUGGGAAGCAUUUGCGGGGUUACGUAGAAGUUUCUAGGCAAUAGGUGCAUCAAUGAGUAGAAACAACAAAUUACUACUGUUUUUGGAAUUCAACAUCACUCUUGAAGCUUGUGAUAUGUCAGUGUUCAAGAUUUUAGCGGUCUAUGCAGAUCAACAGGAAGGGGUCAAGCGGUGGUCGUUUCUUUGCGCGCUGCAUCUGCUGAGAUGCGUAGACGGAUUUAUAGAUAAACCAUGUUAAUAUAUUGAAGAAAUGCAAAUACAUGGAAGAGAUGUUUUUGCUCCUUCAUUUUUAGAAUAAUUGCACAAAAAUGCAGCAUCCUGUCAUGUUCUCAUCCUUUCAUUUGUCUCGUCAUACGUCACACUCUGGAUUCAGCGGUAUACGCACUUCGGAAGGAACCGGUCAAGAAUAAAUCAAAUGAUCAGCAGUGGCAAGCCAGAGAUGGUGAAGAAAAGCCCCAAGAAAUCGUUCCCUCUCCUUUGUUCUGCUGUUCGUAAAGCCAUUUCUUGACCCCUUUUCUUGGGAGGUGCGUAAUGGCCCUUCACGGAAAAGACGUCCAGUGCGCUCUCACUGUUUUGUUAAAUUUUGUUGUUCUCUAAUGUGAUACUUAUGUAGUUGUCGGCACGCAACACACAGUGUCCUGAUGCCAACA